AUGGCCGUGGUAUCCAAAGUGGUUUCAAAGCUUCAUCUCACGUUCAUGAAACCAUACGAUUGGCUGAUAAUCGCAUCAACAAUCACCGCUUUCGUGCAAACAGCUUGCGUUAUCGCUGCAUGCAAGCAUGGUCUGGGACAGCACCGUGAUGCCAUCUCCAAGGAAACGUUUGCCGCCUUUUCACGAUAUGCGUACGCAGCCCAGAUACUUUUCGUUGUCGCCUGUGCUUUCGCAAAAGCAUCCGCAGUCUCUUUUAUUUUGGCCAUAGCUCCACAAAUGCGGCUUCAACAGUCAUCUUACGCUUUGCUCGGGGUCGUCUCUUGCUGGGCAGUGUCUGCAGUCCUUGCUCUGGCUUUCCAGUGUCAGCUAUCCCACCCGUGGUUGUUUGAAGAGGGGAAAUGCAUUGAUCAAGAGGCGCUUUUCCUCUUCAUAGGCAUUGUGAAUAUCCUGACAGAUCUCGCCUUGGUCGCCAUACCCUCUGCUAUGAUGUGGUGGGUGCAGACAAACACCGGUAGAAAGUGGCAGGUCGUGGCUUUGUUUGCGUCUAGAAUCAUAGUUCCAGUUUUCGUUGUCUUUCAAUUAGUGGAGUACCACAAAUUCUAUGAGUCCGACGACAGGAGUUGGAAAAUGGUCGGCCCCGCCAUAUUGAAUCAAUUGGUUAUGAACCUCUCCAUCCUCACCGCAUGCAUACCAAGUUUGAAAACGGUGCUUGACAUGUUCAAGUCUGGGACCUCAUUCUUCACGGUGCCAGUGCAGUAUCAGUCUGCAGUGGAUAACAGUUCCCAAGGACUGAGAUCGAAGUUAGCCACCGCCGUUACUCAGAGAAUCGCAUUGAAGAGAAGCGCCAACAGGAGCCAGAACGACACAGCAUAUUCGUCAAGGGAGUGGCCCACGAAACAGAUGAAAGCCGUCAGUGGCCAGCAUUCCGUGCAGAUAUCGAGUAAUGUCAGAAGCAACUCUGACUUGAAGGAUAUUCCCGUGCGCAGCGAGAGCCAGCGAAGUCUGACGGAGAACACGAUCAUGAGGACAGUAGCAUACGAGGUCGGGUAUGAGGAUAUGAUGGCGACACAUCAUGCCGCCGGCUCAGAUGGUCAAUCUCGAGUUUCGAUCAACAGUGAUGCACAGCACUCUUACUAG